AGUCCUCAAUGAUUGAUUUCUCGUUGGGUUGUCGCAGGUUUAGUGCGUAAUAGUGGAAGUCGCCUUUUGCAAUCAAGCAAAUGGCUGUGCCGAGCUGAGAAAAGCAAUUUACUUCUAAAAUUAACACGUGAAAUUUAAGUCCCUGAAAUGACUAUACACUCAGAGGAAACGCCGAAAAGUAUGGAUGAGAACGAGAGACUGGAUGGGCCUAGCCUGGAGGAGCCACCUUCGAUUGACGAGCAGAAGGAGAUUAUUUCGGAAUAUUUGAAAGAGCCUCUUAAAAAAGGAGAAACCUGGUACCUCAUCUGCACAAGAUGGUUUAAGCAAUGGCAGUCAUAUGUUGGCUUUAAUGAUUAUUGUGAUUUAGACAAAGGCAAAGAGAUUUCGUUCCCUGGCCCUAUUGAUAACACUCCCCUGUUCAAAGACAUUACAAAAAGUGAUGAUUUGAAAGAUCACAUGAUGGAAGAAAUAGAUUAUCACCUUUUGCCUAUUGGUGCAUGGGAAGAUCUAAUGAAAUGGUAUGGUAUGGUGGACGGCUCAAAAACUUUGGCCAGGAAGGUACAAGAACAUGGGCAGUAUGUCAAAGAUUUGAAAGUAGAAGUGUACCUCCCUAAGUUGAAGCUUUGUCGCAAUUCAGAAUUGGAGAACUGUGUCGUGAAAGAAUUUAGCAAAACAGCUACUUUAGAUGAUGUUAUGCAAGAGAUGAGAAUUGCAUUCAGCGUACCAGAAGAUAAGGAUAUUAGAAUUUGGAAUAGGUAUAUGAGUAGCACGUAUGAGCUUUUGAAAAAUACAUCAUCGACUAUUCAAGACGCAGGACUUUAUGAUGGGCAGGUUGUUGUAAUGGAGCAAAAGAACGAUGAUGGCAGUUGGCCUAGACACACAAGGUCAAGCUCCAUAUCAAAUACAUCAGGGGCUUCUCCAACUGCAAUGGAGUCAUCAUCUUUUGCAUCUGGCUGGUCGCCUGGUUCAUCUAGCUUUUCAAGUACUUACGGCCUGUCUUACGGCAGCUCGUACUCUGGAUACUCAGAUGAAACCAGAAGAAGACGAACUUCCAGUGGCAGUGGAUCCGGCAGAGCGGGUCUUUGUGGCCUCAGUAAUCUUGGCAACACUUGCUUUAUGAACUCAGCAUUACAGUGCUUGAGUAACACAGCUCCAUUGGCCAAGUAUUUUAUAGCUGGUAACUACAAAAACGAACUAAAUCCUCAAAAUCCGUUGGGAAUGAGGGGUGAAAUCGCCAUUGCCUAUGCUGAGCUGAUGCUGCAGAUAUGGUCCGGACACCAUAGUUUUGUAUCUCCUAGGAAUUUCAAGGUUGCAGUCGGAAGAUUUGCCCCACAGUUCUCAGGGUAUCAGCAGCAGGAUUCCCAUGAGCUUCUUGCAUUUUUAUUAGAUGGACUUCACGAAGAUUUGAAUCGUGUUAAAAAGAAGCCGUAUGUUGAAAUCCCAGACCACGAUGGACGCCCAGAUGACGAACUAGCACACGAAGCAUGGGCAAAUCAUCAGCUCCGGAACUGUUCGAUAAUCGUAGAUCUGUUUCAUGGUCUUUUCAAAUCCACUGUUGUUUGUCCUAUGUGCUCAAAGAUCUCUGUGACAUUCGAUCCAUUCUGUUAUCUAUCGCUACCACUGCCAGUUGUCAAGGAAAGAUCCCUCAGCAUCGUUUUCGUUCCACUGGAGUCCACCAAAAGGCCUGUUCUUAUGAAAGUUGUUGUCCCCAAAGCCGGCACUGUUAGUGAUUUGACUGUAGUUGUUGCGAAGAUGACUGGUGUUGAGGCUUCUAAGCUGGUCAUCGCCGAGGUCUACAGUCAUCGGUUUCACAAGUUUUUCGAAAGGAGAGACGCACUUAGUCACAUAACAGAAAAGGAUCACAUCUAUGCGUUUGAGGUUCCCAUGUCUAAAGAUGACACUCGAGACUCAGAACUGGUUGUCCUUCCUGUGUACCUUCGUCUGGAAAGAUCAUCAUCACUGCCCUACAGCACCUACUGUGGAUCGCCGACAUUGUUCGGUACACCAAUGCUUGUUCCUGUGCCAAGAAAGGGUGUUAAUUACGACGAUUUGUACCAGAUUAUAUUACGAUCUUUAAGACGGGUAAUGAAACCACAAAAUGAAGACGAUAACGACAAAGCAGAAGACGAGGUUAACGGAGAAGACAGUGGAGACGAUGAAGGGAAAAUAAAAGAAGACGGAUACAACCAAGAAUCGGAUAAGAACGAAGAACCGAUUGAAAAUGAUGAGACACAACCCAAAAACAAUAAAAAUCGCAAGCUGUUUUGUAUAAAAUCUGUGAACUCAUAUGGCAAUUCGGAGUUGCAUUCGUUUGCUGUUGAUGACGAUGACGACUUACGCUUAACAAACAAUACGUAUUUGGCGAUUGACUGGAAACCGAAGUGGAAAAAGCUAUAUUUUGAUGAAGAUGCAGAUGAGGAUAUAGACGAGCAUCCCAGUGUGCGGCAAAAAGGCCCGAGAGAGAAAACGAUUCAGUUGCAAGAUUGCUUAGAACUGUUUUUAACAAAAGAAAAGCUAGGUGCAGAGGACCCAUGGUAUUGUCCAACUUGCAAAAAGCACCAACAAGCAUCAAAGAAAUUUGAUUUAUGGGGACUUCCAACCGUUCUAGUUAUCCACUUGAAGCGAUUUUCUUAUAACAGGUGGUGGAGAGACAAAAUCGAUUCACUUGUAGAUUUUCCUAUCAGGGACUUAAACUUGACCCCGUAUGUUAUCGAUAAAGAGCAUCCCCCGGCAGUCUAUGAUCUGCACGCUGUCUCGAAUCACUAUGGAGGCAUGGGUGGAGGCCACUACACUGCUUAUUGCAAGAAUUUCUACGAUGGCAAAUGGUACUACUUUGACGAUAGUAGCGUAUCGAUUGCUGAUGAAAAUCAAAUAGUGUCAAAAGCUGCCUACGUUUUGUUCUACACACGAAGAAAGGACCCCGCCCAGCCACCACAUCCUGGCAACGAAUUUUUAUCGGAUGACGAAACAGCAGUGUUCCAGUCACAGGACACCAGUAGCGACGAAGGCGACUUUGAUAUGGAAACUUAGCAACUGAUAUCACCAUUUAUGUUCUGCGAUUUAAAAUUUCAGUUUUAGAAUCCUUCUGCGUUUCA